CCUCCUCCUCCUCCUAUCCUCUCUCCUGGGCUGCUGCUGCUGCUGCUGGUUUCAACUUCUCGUCUACACACCACUUCAGAUUAUUUCGGUGCUGGAUACGACGAGCAGCUUUUAUACAAGAACAUGGCUCUCCUGCGCGCAACACUUCCAACCUUGUUUCUUCACCUCUGCCUCCUCAACUGGAGCGCGUGGGCCAAGGUGGAGCUGACUAUGCAUGAGGCCGUUGAGGUGUACCUGGGUGACUCGGCUCAGAUCCCCUGCCAGUACAGCUUCACUGAUGCCGACAAUGAGCCCAGCUUUGUGAUGAUCCAGUGGUUUGUGAGAGCUGCAGGUAACAGCGCACGGAUGCGCAUCUUCUACGGCGAUGGCAGUCAGCAGAUGGUGGACAACAACACAGACUACAGCGGCCGCAUUGAGGUGACCUCAGACCAGCAGGGAACUCGACUCACCAUCCAAGAUGUCCAGCUCUACGAUGAGAGGGAAUUCUUCUGCCAGGUGAACGGGCUGGCUGCCGGGAACGCUGAGGGCAAGACCCACCUCAGAGUGUUUGCUCCUCCAGAGGCUCCAGUGAUCGAGGGUGUCCUUACUGGAAUAUCAAUGACCAAUGAGCUUCCAUCUAAGGUUGCAUCAUGUGAGGCUCGCAACGGCUUCCCUAAACCCAACAUCACAUGGUACAGGGACAGCAUGCCACUGGUGCCUGCACUAGGACAUGUGAACAUCUUGAUCCUGGUAACCCAGCAGUCCAGUGACUUCUUCUCCGUCCAGAGCACCCUGGAGUACAAGGUGCUUAAGGAGGACAAGGAUGCCCGUUUCUCCUGUGAGGUCAGCUUCUUUGUCCCGGGAGCCAUCAGGACAGUCGAGUCCAACAGCAUCAACAUCACUGUUCACUACCCCACCACCAUGGUGGAGCUGUGGAAGGAGUCGCCCCAGGGCUUGGUCAAAGAGGGGGAUACUGUGGAGCUGCGUUGUCAGGGUGAUGGCAACCCCCCGCCGUCCUUCAUUUUCAACAGAGAACAAGAGCUGGAUGUGGACUUGGAGAGCAACCACAGUGAUGUGUUGAUGCUGUCACCUGUGUCACGGAAAGACAGUGGCAUCUACCAGUGUCUCCCCGUGGACACCGAUGACUACUCCGAAGUGAAAGGAGAAAUGCAGCUCACUGUGCACUACUUGGACCCAGCUGUGGUCGUUCCUAAAGACUCGGAGUUCAUGCUCAAAGGAGAAGAUCUGACCGCAACCUGCAACGCUCUGUCUUCCCUUAAAACAGCCACUGUGUGGUAUAAGGAUGGGAAGCAGGUGGGUAAGGGGAACACAUUGCACCUGAAGGACGCCGCCUAUGAAACAACAGGAGAGUACAUAUGUGAGGUGACUGUUCCCUCGCUGCCCGCCCUGCACACCAGCGGCUCCGUCCACAUCAUUGUCCAAGGUGGUCCCCAGGUGGUGGGAGAGGAGCAGGAGGUGCAGCUGGAGGAGGCAACAGGUAGGAUGGUGAAUCUGAGCUGUGAGGCUCAGGGCCAUCCGCUGCCCAGCAUCUCCUGGAACAUCAUCGGCAGCCAGAACUGGCACGAGGUGGUGAGCAAAGCAAACGAGCACAUGACUCACAGCGUGGUGUCAGUCAAAGUCACCUCGGACAUCAGCGCUCAGUGCAACGCUUCCAAUGACAUGGGGACCGAAGUCAAGGCUUUCAGCAUCAAAGCCAUUCCCAGAGUCACGUCAGCUGCUCCCGUCUAUCCUGUUCAGGGCAGUGGGCUGAUCAUAGUGGGGAUCAUUCUGUCUCUGCUGCUGCUUGCCAUCCUCGGCAGCGUUCUCUACUUCCUGCAUAAGAAGGGGAAGAUCCCCUGUGGACGCUCAGGGAAACAGGAGAUCACCAAAGAGAAGACCACCAAAGAUGACAUUGUCGUGGAGAUGACGACCAACACAAAGAAUGAGGAAGCUGUCCUCCUAAAGGCCGUCAACGGAGACAAAAAGGGCCCUAAUGACCAGUAAAGUCCCUGACGGUUCAGCAGUGAUGUUGUGCAGCAGGAGGCAGCACAAAUGAAGCCAGCAGUCAGUGUGUGUGUGACACUCCCACUGAUCUGAGGCCUGCAGGGUAACACCACCUCACAGUCCGGACAUUCCCCCCCAUCAUGCUUUUGUUCUCAGCAGUAUUCAGUAGGUUUACACACAUUACACACACCACACACACACACACAGGUAUGUAUGUACAGAUGUGUAUUUUCUUUUGAAUGAAUGUUCGCUGACGUUCAUUUGUUUUGUACUAUUUUCUCAAACUGUGUUCAGCUCUUGGUUGUUGUUCAGCGUGUUUGUACGAUGGUGUCUCAUGUGCACCGUCAACUUUUAUUUUUUAUUUUUAUUAAAGUGUAUAUAUAUAUAUAUUUUGUUAUUUAAGAUAUUUUGGCACUCACAUUUUGUUUCAUGUAAGCGUCUGGGUCAUGUGCAUGUUGAUCCGUGUUCAUGGCGUCCAGGUGAGUUUUUAGGAUGGGACGUGAUGUCAGAGACCAAACAGCUGCUCCUCUGAGGCAGCUCUUCACUGAUGGUUCACAGUCACACUGAGAGAAGGUUCGCCAGUGUGUUUGCUUCACUUCCAUUUUUUAAUUGGCACCAGUAUUUCUCCAAAACAUGACAAACAUUAAGGUGUUUCCCUCCCCAGAGUCACUUGAAAUGCAGGAUAAUCAUAAUAAUAUCUAUGAAAACUGUCAAUCAGACACACUGGCAGCCUUCUUUUGCAAACUGCUGUCAAGCACUUGUACUGUUUGUAAAUACGUGGUAGUGUACAGACCUGCUAGUGGUGGACUUGGGCUGUAACUGAUGGUGAAAAGGUCAAAGGUUAGAGAUCUGCUGUGCCUGUUUUUUGAGAAUGCAUCAUACACUGAGUUUGUUUUGUUUCUUUGGUUUGCUCUGUGUGUGUUUUCUGUGUGUUUCCACUGAGAGCUCGUUGGGCCUGAAGAAGUGUUGUCGCGUUGGUGCGUGUUUCAUGUGUUUACUACAGAUGACCCUUACAGUACUGCUGACCGUUCUGCAAAGCAGGCCGCACGUUUUGAGCUGUUGGACCUUCCAGGCAGCACAACGUUUUUGUCCAGUUUGAGAAUCAACUGGUAGACACUUAGAACUUGCUUUGCUUAGAUCCUCCAUCACAAGGAACAGUUAGUUUUAUUCCAUCCAUGGUCUGCUCUGCAUGACUCAUGAAUCUUUAACAGUAAAAGUAGACAUGGACGUUCCUCUCUGUGAUGGGUUACUGAACGUAUUCAGCAAGUUUCAAGGUGUUCUUUAAACUCGUGAUCUGAAUGUGAAGCUGUGGAAGCUAGAAACUUAUCUGCAGCUCUCCCAAGUUUCUAAUGUAUUAUCAUGACAUUCAAGGUUUUCGUUUGGAAAAAGAGAAGUUGUUUAUCGCUUAUUGUUGUUUUGAAGGUGUAUCCAGAAUCCUUAAAAACUCUUCUGAACAUCAAGAUCAACAAAAUAUUCUAUUCUAUCACCUUAUUCUUCAUCGUAUGUGUUUUUUUGUUGUUGUCCUGUAGUCGCUACUGCUCCUGGGGUCCACACACAAAAGUAUUAAAAUAAUUUUAAAUAACUCAACAUAUAAAAAGGUACAAAAUAGAACUAAAAAGAAAAUAAAAACAAUCAAAAAACGAUUUAAAAACAGAAGUUAUAUCUAAUUAAGAUUCAUGCUAUUUUCAUACACAAUAGGUUUCUUUUUUUUUUUGGCAUUGUACAAAUUAAGCAACGCAAUAUGUCAUUUCUGGAUGCUUUUUUUGGGUGAAAAAUCUUGGAAACAGUGGUUAAAAACAUUUUAUAUUUUAGCCAGAGGGGGGAAAAAAAUAGUUUAAAAAUUGUUGAAAUACUUUCUGAGCAGCAGUGAGUGUUUCAAAGAUCAUCGGGGAUUUAUUACUCAGCCAAAUGGGCAUUUGAAUGUCAUGAUAACGGAUGAGAGGCACAAACUGGAGGUAAUCUACAGUAAAAUGAUCGCUCUGCCUGAUUUAUAGUAAAUCAUCUGAAACCUGCAACAACACUGGAAUGCGUCUGCAGUGGCCCCUGUUGUAAAUAUGAUGUACUGAUUGCUCACCGUGUAGGUUUGUUUUGUGAAAAGAGACAUUUUGUUGCAGCGUGCUACAUUUUGCCCAGAUGACUUGCAACGUCAACAAAGUAAUGAUGUCUUUUGGGUUCCUCACUGAGUUGAGGUAGUUGUAGAAAUGUCUGGGAACAGGAAGUCCUCAGGCAAGAAGUGUGCAGUGCGAUGCGGUCAUUGUGGUUUAGAGAAGCUGCACGAAGCCAUAACACCAACCGUGUGCAGUCAAACAUUCGCGAUUAGAUCUGUAAAUCUGCACCUCGUCUUUUUAGUUUAAUACAACUUUAAACACAUUUUGGGGAUUUUUCAACUAAGGGAAAACAUUAGAAAGUGAACAUUGCAAUUAUGUUUUCUUUUUCUAAAUGUGUGUAAAUUAAGUACUGUACAUGUGAUUCUUUGAUGCUUGCAGUUUUUUUAAAAUAUUUUUUGCAAGAAAACAAUGCCAAAUAAAAGGGUUUCAUUUUAAA